GAUUUAACAAAAAGACCCCUCACUAAUUUUGAUGGGCUUUAGAUAUGAUAUAUUGCAGCUAAAAAUAAAAGGAUGCAUCUUUUGCGUUGUCCUUCAACGAACGUUUAGGGACUCAAGUAACUCUUCGAGAAUAACGCAAUGAAAUUGAUGAUGAGCGAGUAUCAUGGAAAUCGUGAGACAUGAGAACGCAUUUUACGAAAAUUUUUUCGUAAAAUUCUGCUAUUAAAUUUGUCAAAAAUGUAUUUUUCAACAUUAUCUUUCAUUAAAGAGUUUUUGCAAUAAUACUUUUCAGAUACGAUAAACGCUAAAGUCACUUUAUUGGAUCGAAAGACGAAACUGCGCAUGCGCAUCGUUUAUCGUAACGCUAACCAGAUAACGUAUGACGUUAUUUCUAAAAGAAUAUAAGAUUCACGAUUAGCGUCGACGUUAUAAGCUCCAAGACGAAAUUGGGACGAUUGCAGUUCACAAGCUGUCUGGUGCCAUCUAGUGGUGUGUGUAUCGCACAAAUACCAUUACCUCUUAUUAGUUCUAAAACCUCCGCUACGAGUCGCCAUCAAUUAACAAAAAAUCUAGGCCGUAGUACAACUCAAUAACAGGCUCUUUCUUAUAUAUUCGUGAGUUGGCACGAUCAGCCGAGAUCAGUCGGUUGCGCGAACCCGUGACGUACGUGUUGUCGUUGCUAUUUAAUACGCUCUCGGUCGAUUUGACGGCGAGGGCAGCGGAGGUGCGGUCAGCCGAUGCGGCGGCGACGACGAUUAGAAAGCGUGCAAAAUGGCGCCUACGCGUGUGAUUUUGAUGUCAUGCGGCAGUUAUAACCCGCCGACCAACAUGCAUUUACGAAUGUUCGAAAUUGCGCGAGAUCAUUUGCAUCGAAUGGGUACACAUGUAGUCGUGGGAGGAGUGAUCUCUCCGGUCCACGAUGCAUACGCCAAAAAGGAGCUGGCCAGCGCGACCCAUAGAUGCUCCAUGUUGCGACUGGCGUUGCAGAACAACGACUGGAUACGUCUGAGCACAUGGGAGACCAGGCAGAACUGCUGGACAAAAACACGUCUGUGCCUCCAGCACCAUCAGAAUCUACUCAACUCCAUACUCUCCAAUUCCAACGACAUCAAGCACCACAUGCAGAUAGAAGACAUCGAUUGGAUCCCGGAGAACGUACGUAACAGUUCAGACAACACACCGAUACAGAUCAAACUGCUCUGCGGUGCGGAUCUGCUGGAGAGUUUCGGCAUUUGCGGUUUGUGGCUCGAGGAGGAUAUCGACGCGAUUGUCGGUGAGCAUGGUCUCGUAGUCAUAACCCGGGAAGGCUCCAAUCCUAACAAAUUCAUCUAUGAUUCGGACAUCUUGUCGAAGCACAUGCACAACAUUUGUAUCGUAACCGAAUGGAUCCCGAAUGAGGUAAGCUCGACGCGGAUUAGGCGGGCUUUGAAGCGUAGCGAGAGCGUCAGAUACUUAGUGCAGGACUCCGUCAUCGACUACAUCUACAAGAACGAGAUUUACGACACAAAAACUAUGGACAUAACAAUUAAGUUGGAACUGCCGUCGCCGAACGCGAACAACUAUCUGCACAUAGAGCCCCGUUACCUGAACGCGUUCCUAACGCCGUCGCCCAGCGACGUGACUAUGGGCUCGCCGAGCCCGACCGAGAUCAUAAGCGCCGUGUCCAUCGACGUACCGGACGCGGUGCUCUGCAAGAACCUGCAAAAUGUCGUGGGCGCCGCCGAAGCUCGCGAGCAAUUCAUUAACGCGUUAACCGUCGACAACGGCAACGUCAGGCAUGUAGCAUCUAAAGCACCUGCGUACCCGGGUCAGGCGAAACAGAUCGUCAUCGCCAGCGAGAACGGUGUCGUGCGAAUUGUGGACGAGGUAGGUGGUCCGCUCGACGAGCCCACGACGAAGCUUCGUCAGCCUGGUCCUUCGACUUCUGGCGAGCGUGCGCUGGAAAGAGACCGUAGAUCAUCUACGGUAGAAGGUGUAGCAAAGGGUAAAAUUGAUGUCGGACAGAGAGAGACUUCAGAUUUCAGGUCUGACACGGAAAUCCCGGGUGUAGACUUAGAUCGUGUGAAUGAGGAUCGCGAAGUUGUAGUGAAGAUACAGCCUGGUUUGUCAAAUUCGAGUGAAUUGAAGGCACUAGAAGAAGGUAGCAGUAGGUCGACAGUAGGCGCGAAACGCAAAGAGGUAUUAGACUUGAGAUCUAAGACGGAAAUUACUGACGCAGACAUAGGCUUGAGUGACAAUUGCGGGGUAAUAGUGAAUAUUCAACCUGCUUCGAGCUCUAGCGAAGUAGCGUCGAAAGAAGGUCGUAAAUUGGUAACGGAGAGCGUGGCGAGAGAUAGAACUACGGUUGAACAAACGGAAAUCUUAGAUUCGAGAUUCAAGCCAGAAACUGUUGACGUGAGUUUGGGCUCGAGUGACGAUCAUGAAAUAAUGCAAUCGAGUUCUAGUGAACUGCGGCUGGGGGAAUGUUGUUGGCCGAGGAGAGGAAACGUUUCGAACGACAGGGUUGAAAUUGACGGUAUAGAAAUAAUCGAGAUAGAUUCGAGUAGCAGUGCCAGUGAGUCACGACAAAUCAUAGACAAAGUAGACUCGGAUCAGACUGGUUUUAGCAGAAUUGCAUUGGAGCAAAGUUCUGCAUUGAUUGUAGAUAAUGUCGUUGGAGGAAACGUUAGCUCCGAGGGAGUCAGUUUGAGGAAAGGACUAGUAGAACCUUAUUCGGACCUUAUUCGUGUGAACGAUGUCGUCAAGGUGCAACCUGGUCACUUGAGUCAUAGCAUAAUCACGGAGAAAGAAGAUCAUAGUUUAAGGAUAGGAAAGACUAAAGCUAAACUCGAUGAGGUAAAAACCAGCUCUGAACAUUUAGGUCAAGAUAGUAAAGUGUUAGGUGCACUUCAGGAAAUUCUUCUAGAGGAAAUUGUAAAGGAUAACUAUGUAUUGGAUGAUAGAGCAAUCGAUUUUAGAAGAGAAAUUGCCGAUUUCGAGGUAGAUAAGAUUAAAAAUCUGGGAAUCAAAGCGACGGCCUCGCCGUUAAACGUCUCGAUGACAUCACUCGAUGGCCGUCACGAAUGUGCGCUCUCCGACUUUAGCGUAGACAAGGAAGACUAUCGGCUUAGCCAGUACGGUUCCGAGGAAGAUGAAGAGGAGGAAGAUAAGUUUCUAUAUAGUGCCAAAUUAAGUUUAACCGACGAUCAAACAGAGGAUACGAUGUACAGUACGAUUGAUUCUCCGAAUGACAGUAAAUCAGGUGCCAAUAUUCAAGUAGUCAGCAUGAUGGUUCGCAAGAGCGAUGAAGAUGUAUCUGAAGAUCUUACGACCGAUGAAGAAUUACGAUUAAAGUUCGUCAACGAAAGAUUACCUUUGCAGGGCCAAGAAGACAAAAUGAUGAACAUUACUAAAAGUGAGCAGGUAGAAGAAGCAUCCAGAACGAUAUCUGGCGAUCCUAGUCCUGAGAUAGACGGCAAAUAUCGGAAAUCAAUUGUAAACUCGCGCAAAAGUCCAAGGAAAGUCAAAGAAGGACAGAUGCGUGACACCGAACUGAAGGAACCGAAGAAUCAGCAGGAAUUGCAAUCCGAAGUUCUUCAGAAUUCUUCCAUAGAGACUAAAAGUUCCAGAAAGGUCAAGCAAGAGCAGAUCACUGAAGUUGGCGUUAGUACUGAGAAUAAAGAUCAAAUCAUUAACGAUCAAAAGAUAUCUUGCUCAGAAGAAGUCUUCCAAAAUUCUUUAAGAACUGCUUCCACGAAAACGAGGAGUUCCACGAAAGUUGGGAAACAUCAGAUUGGCAAGAAUAUUUCUCAAAAAUGUUCAACAGUGUCUUCUAGCAGCACAAAGAGUCCCAAGGAGCUCAGAGAAAAACAAACUUAUCAUAAAAGCGGCGAGAUGAAGGAUUACGACCGAUCUAUCAACGAUCGCGUUAUUUCCCAGCUCGAACAAGUCUUCCAGAAUUCUGCAAAGAAAUCCUCCACGAAGACAAUAGAAAGUCCCAAAAAGAUUCCCGAAGGCGAAAUGAAGAACCAAAGUCUGCCAACUCAUCGACCUGCCGAUAAUCGACAGGCGGAUGAAGAAGUCACUCAGCAUUCCUCCAAAAUAUCUUUUACAGAAAGCCUGAGGAAAACUCAAAAUCAAAAGGACGUGAGAGCGAACGACGUGAAGGUUACCGAUGAUAAAACGAAGCGAGACCUCAAUGAGAUCAAGGACGUGUACACGAGAAAGGUGCGACGUUACAACGUACCCCUUCAGGGCAGCUUGGACUCGAUGAUCGUGUCCGAUGAGCCAUUCGCGCCGAAGCCCAAGAAGGACGACACCUUCUCGAAGAAGUCCAAGAGCUACGAGUCAAUCAAGCGAAUUCAAGAGGUGUUCUUGGGCGCGCCGGGCAAGAUGUCGAAUAGCGGUUCACAGCUCGACAUCCCGGACGAGUUCUGCUCCAUUUGCUGCUACAUGAACGAGAUCACGUUUCGCACGGAGGAAGAGAUCAGCAGUCCGAAUCAGGAGACCUUCUACACGCUCAGAUCCACCUGCAGCUCAUUGGCCGACGACGACGACUCCACCGAAUGCGACAUCUGCGGCUCGUUGAAUCAGCAGGAGGCCGCCGAUGCUCUCGAGGGUAAAAUACUGAUAGACUCGGCUCACGAAGAGAUUCCCUGCGAGCUCUGCAGAAUCUGUGGCGAAGUGGACGGCAGUUACGAUCCGAAUGCCAUGAUACCGGCGGACAGGUACGCCUUUAGGCUCGUUGAGCCAAGCCAAGACGACGACGACAGCUUCGAGAUUGAGAAUUGUGGUUUCCAAAGCGGUACGGAAUCGGCCGACGACCGAAGCCGAGUCUCCGAGAAAGAGAGCAUCAAAGACUCCGAUAAAUCCAAGUCGCGAUCGUUAUUUAUUCAUGGCUCCUCGAUGACGAGAGACCAGCCUCGAGAGUUAUACUUUAUUCCCAAGGACGAGAUCGCUAUUCUAACAAGUGGAGCGAGAAAGAUCAACCGCAAAGGUUCUUUGUUCAAGAAGAAGGAAGAACAGAAUACACGCGAUAAAAGACGAUACUCAUCAGUGGAUAGUCUGCAGUUGGCGAAGAUGUCCGCGAAGACGAGCGCAAAAGCACUAAAAAAUCCGAGUCUCGUCGCGUCCGCCGAUAAUCUGCGGAUCUUGCGGCAAGGGUCGAGAAGGUCCAAGUCCUUACAGAGAUCAACCGACGAUGUAGGCCGCCGGGACUCUCUCACUGACAAUUUGGUCUCAUUGACGGAGGGUCUAGCAGGAAAGGAGGAGGACGCAGCGCAGACAUCGGCAGAUUCGAGCCAAAAGCCUAACACCCGUGACAAGGAAGCGGUAAAGAUGAUUCUCACGCAACAUGGAAUCAAGAUUAUUAGCGAGAAGGAGACUGCUUUGUAAUAGGAAUAGUCUGAGCAUUGAAUGACCUAGACGGAGUGUGCGUGAGAACUGUUGUAGAAAUGACUCGCGAGAAAAGCUAUUGAUCUGGAUGAGUAAAUUCGAAUUAAAAUCUCUAUAACCGCUUGUUUAUCACUAAUUAAAUAUUGAAAGUGGAAACACUUUCGAGCUUUUUCUCGAUAUAUAUAUAUAUAUAUAUAUAUAUAUAUAUAUAUAUAUAUAUAUAUGAAAUGAAAAAAUAAAUGUCAAAUGGAUUAUUGUAAAAAUAAUAGACAUAACGUAAUCAUAUAUGAAUCAUGAAUUGUAAUUGCGCCGAUAUUUUGGCUUUGCAUAAGCAUUUAUGCCGUUGCAGUAUCAUGUAAUUAUUGUGUGAUAGUUGUACUGUUGUUAAUAUUACCGUAUAAUUACGAACGAAACUAUAUAUAAAUCGAUAGCUCGGUAUCGAUAGAAAGGACCAACAGCGGAAAUUGUUAUUCCCGAUCAAAGAUCGGGAAAUUGUUGGAUGAUUUAUGCAAGCCUUGCAAACGACAUAACAAGACAAUCUUAGUAAUAUUACUGUUAAUACCAAAAAAAAAAAAAAAA